UCGCAUGGGGUCUCGAGUUGCACAUUAUCUACCAUUCGCCAGCCAGCCAGCAGGCCACCGGUGAAGAUAUUUUUCCGAAAUAAUUGUACCAUCCGAAAAUCCUAGUUAACGUUUCUUUGAUCUUCCACUCACUAAUGCACAUAUUUCUUGCACCCUCGCAGGCAAUGCCAUCGGCAAUUAGCGGUGGCGGAGGCGGAAAUCAUACAGGCGGCGGAGGUGCAGUCGGAGGAGGUAAUGGAGGCAAUAUGAAUCACGCACAAUCAAAUGAAGAUUGCGGCAUCCGCGACGUGUGGCGUCACAACUUGGAGGAGGAGUUCCGCACGAUUCGCCAUAUCGUGCAAAAGUAUCACUAUGUAGCGAUGGACACCGAAUUUCCGGGGGUGGUGGCCAGACCCGUGGGCGAGUUCCGCUCAUCUGCCGACUAUCAGUAUCAAUUUCUGCGGUGCAACGUGGAUCUACUAAGAAUCAUCCAGCUGGGGCUGACCUUCAUGGACGAAGAAGGUCGUACGCCGCCAGGCUUUUCCACGUGGCAGUUCAACUUCAAAUUCAAUCUCAACGAAGACAUGUAUGCACAGGACUCAAUCGAUCUGCUUCAAAACUCGGGAAUCCAAUUCAAGAAGCACGAAGAGGAUGGUAUCGAUCCGUUGGAUUUUGCAGAACUCCUGAUGACGUCAGGCAUAGUGCUGAUGGAAGAAAUCAAUUGGCUCAGUUUCCAUUCUGGUUAUGAUUUUGGAUAUUUGCUGAAACUGUUGACGGAUCAGAACCUGCCGGCAGAAGAGAGCGACUUUUUCGAACUGUUACGAAUCUAUUUCCCGAUGAUCUACGAUGUGAAGUAUCUGAUGAAAAGCUGCAAAAAUUUGAAAGGUGGUCUGCAGGAGGUGGCCGAUCAACUGGAGCUACGACGAGUUGGCCCACAGCAUCAGGCCGGGUCGGAUUCGCUGCUAACCGGAAUGGCUUUCUUCAAAAUGCGUGAGAUGUUCUUCGAGGACAACAUAGACAACGCCAAGUAUUGUGGCCACUUGUACGGUUUGGGAACGUCUUUCAUCGUGAACGGUAGCAGCAAUACGAUCAGCAGCAGCACAAACAACAGCUCGAUCGGUGGAUCCGGCGGGGGUGGCUCCGGUGGAGGGAACUCCGGUGGCAACAGCAACAACAGCGGCCCUUCAGGCGGAAAUAACGCAAGCAACAACAACAACAAUCAAAACGCAAACAGCAGUAGCGGUAACAAUUAUCACGACAACGGCGAGUCGAACGCGACCUCAUGAUUCCGUUUGAUGCUAACUCGUUAAGCAAAAAUUGAUUGAGGACAAAAAAAAUUCCGGACGAAUAUUAGAGCAGUAUGACCAAAAUAAUCCGUUUAGAAUAUGCCCAAUAUUAUCCUACAUGGAAAACUCAACUAUAAAGGAAACAGCAUAUUUAUUCGCGCUUCGCUAUCUAUCUAUCGUUCGUUAGAGUAGGCAGAGAGGAAAUCCUAAGACCAUCUCUGACUGGGCAAGUAACUAAAGUUUCAUUUAAAAUAUUUCAAGAAGCGGGAGAGGCAUUAUGGCCGAUAGUGGUUCCGUUUUAAUUAGAUUGUCUAUCGUUUGUAAAAUUCGAAUCAAAUUGUACCCGACAGCUUUUAGACGACGAAUCGGUUCCUGGUUUUUGAAUUUAUCGUUUUAAUUUUCCAUUUUUUAUACUUUGACUAAUGAACGUUGAACGUUAACAGAAGCCAGCUCGAAGAAAACUUGUUUCGCUGUUCCUUUGUUCUAGGAAAACCAAUAAAACAGGAUUUAUGUGUGACAAAAUUGGUUAACACUGUAGAAAAAAUAUGUUUUAUCAUUAGUUGAAACACGAUGUUUUCCGAUACGUUUGAUUGGAAAAAAGAAAUUUGCUAAAAUUGUUUAGGUUUUUGACCAAUUGUUCCAAUAAUUGAAGAAACAAGUAAAGAAAAACAUCUAGAAAUUAAUAGCCUUGAUUUUUUUUUUAAAAAUUUAUUGAAAUAGACACCAGAAAUUUAAAUUCUUGUGCUGCAGAUGAGGUGAAACGUAAAGUAAAAUGUAAAAGGAAUGUUACACGUGGCGUGCGUUAUAAAACAAACGAAUUUGAGACACAGCAUAAAGGUUGUUCAACUUCUUCUCAAGUAAAAUCAAGUUUUUCACAGCUUUAUUAGAAGGAGCUGAAAAAAUUAACAACACUUAACCCGAACAAUAAACACGUUUAUCAACAAAA